GCACGCCACGACCCCGUUGGAUGCUAAUUCUAUUGGAACUUUUCGUGGGUCUACAACCGAAUUCUGACUCUCUCGCCGAAACGAUAUGAGUCUUCACAAGCCAGCUCCUGCCCCUCCUGCAGGAGGAGCAAACGAUAAAAGGCGUUGCAGGGUCCUGCUCACGGAUUGAACCAGUCAAGCCCUUGCACCCUGUUGAACGGUCAAAUUCACCUGAAGCUAUGCCGCCUACGAAAGACCAGCGAACGUCAGCUCUGGUCCUGAAUGUCAACAUUCCUCAGGGUGUAACCUUUCAUCCUGGCGAGUUAAUUACCGGCAAUGUCUUGCGCCCCAGCUACAUCUCGUCGCCUAAUGCUACCGUCACCAUCAAGCUUCAAGGGCGCACCAAGGCCAAAGUAGAAAAGCACGAGUACAGGGGAGGCAAAAGGCUCCAUGUGGUCUACUAUCGGAGUCGCUUUCAAUUGUUUGAGGUAAACCCUAAUGAGACCGGCCGGACACUGCACCAAGGCCCGCUUCAUAUUGAGACGUACAAUGAUCUCAGUCGUGCGUGGAACUUUUCUAUUCAAAUACCAUUCUUCACGGGCCUGGACCUCAGCUCUCCUUAUAACUCCGAAUCUACAUAUGUCGACAUGUCACCGGAGGCAGUCGCCAAGCACCCACUGCCCCCGACGUUUCACCCGCUGCAUGUAAACGGCUUCGUGGAGUACUAUCUUGAAGCAACUCUGCACUAUGUCAACGACAAAGGUACCCCCCAGACAGACAAGUCUAUCCUUGUCGUACCUAUGGGCAUGGCGCGACUGCCGGCCCCCAUCUUUGACUGGAAGCCCAAGCUGGAGACGGAGUCUGCGCAGGCUGUCAGCUACUUCCUCGUGCCUGGAACGCAAAAGGAAAAGAUGGGCUUUCGACAAAAGACGAAGCAAUUUUUCCAGACGACAAGCGUCCCGACGCUCAAGUACAAGGUGGCUGUGAGCACUCCAUCUGUCAUACAGCUGAAUCACGCGGACUGCUUGCCGAUAUAUAUCAAGUUGACGAGUGACUUGGAGGGCUCAACCGAUGCCUUGCGCAAGCUACCGUUCAAGGCUGUGAUUACGCACAUGGAAAUCGUGGCCAAGCAUAAGACCGCUAUCAAAGGUGAAGGGAUGAAUUACAUUUCUGGCGAGGGCAAGAUUGAAGAGGACACUGAGCCCGUAGAGCUAGGACUUGAAAAGGUCUGGGCGACUCUCCGCGAACCUAUAGAGGUGCAAGUUGCGCCUACAGCUAGCUCUGUCAACCUUUCUGCCAAGUUGGAUCUGCGCCUGCGACAUGAUGGUCUAUACAUGGGCGCUACAAAGGUGUCUGACUUGAAACGCGACCUGGUGCCGAGCUUCAAGACGUACAAUAUUACACACGAAUACAUCUUCCACUACACUAUCAAGUGGAAGAUUGUCGACUGUGAGGAGGCGAUUACAUUCAAUACCGCUACUACAAUUUUGCCAGAGGCUAUGGCUGCUCAGCCUGUGGUCGUUCAACCAGUCCCAGUCCCAGUGGCUGAUGUCCAAGAAAAGGCGCCCAAAGUAGAGGAGGUGGUGGUUGCCGUGUAAAUUACAAAUAGCACUACUAGAGAUACCAUUGAAAGAAAUACUAAACGAAAAUUAAAUG